AUGGAAGUAGAAAUCACCACAUCCAAGGUGGAAAACAAAUUUAAGCAGCAUAAUGUGGCCAAAUUGAGGGGCAUAGGUAAUCUCCAGCCAAGAAUAUUAAAGGAACUGGUAGAAGUUGUAAGCCCUAUAAAUCUAAGUGCACCAGACAUGGACAACGCUUCGAUGGUCAAGUGUUUUCGCGGGAAAAAGGUCCAUGGGGAAUAUGACAUCAAAGUUGAACAGGCAAAAUUUUCAGAGAUCAACUUGAUAGCCCAUGCUGAGGGCAGUUAUGUCAUAGACAUCCAAGCAUUCCGUAAUGGCACCAAAGUUGUCAGAUCAUUCAGACCUGAUUUUGUUCUUGUUCGACAACAUUCAUUCGGUAUGGCUGAGAAUGAAGACUUCCGUAAUUUAAUCAUUGGAAUGAAUUAUGCUGGUAUUCCCAGUGUCAACUCCCUAGAGUCAAUCUAUAAUUUUUGUGACAAACCCUGGGUGUUUGCCCAGCUGGUGUCCAUAUACAAAACUCUGGGUGUGGAGAAGUUCCCUCUAAUUGAACAAACAUUCUACCCAAAUCACAAGGAAAUGUUAACACUGCCAACAUUUCCUGUUGUCGUGAAGAUUGGACAUGCUCAUUCAGGCAUGGGAAAGGUUAAAGUAGACAACCACUAUGAUUUUCAGGACAUAGCCAGCGUGGUAGCACUGACCCAGACCUACGCCACCACUGAACCCUUCAUAGAUUCCAAAUAUGACAUCAGGAUCCAAAAGAUAGGCAGCAACUACAAAGCAUACAUGAGGACUUCCAUAUCUGGAAACUGGAAGACAAACACUGGCUCUGCAAUGUUGGAACAAAUCGCAAUGUCAGAUAGGUACAAGUUCUGGGUUGACACCUGUUCUGAAAUGUUUGGGGGUUUGGAUAUCUGUGCUGUGAAAGCUGUACAUGGCAAAGAUGGAAAGGAUUAUAUUUUUGAGGUUAUGGACUGUGCAAUGCCUUUGAUUGGUGAACAUCAAGUUGAAGACAGGCAACUUAUAACUGAUUUAGUCGUAAGCAAAAUGAACCAAAUGUUGUCCAAAACACCUAUACCAUCUCCUCAGAGACCUACUGCCACUCAGCAGCCUCAGAGUGGAUCACUUAAGGAACCAGAGCCAAACAAAAUCCCACCUCAGCGACCACCACCUCAAGGGGGCCCAGUACAACCCCAAGGAACGCAAUCACAAAGCCAGGAUCCAUUGCAGCCACAGCGCAUGUUUCUCCAGGGGCAGUCAGCAAAGCCCUCAGCUUCACAGCCACAGCGUCCACCUGGCCCUACUACUCAACAACCACGGCCCCAGGGUCACAGUACUUCCAGCACCAAGAUAUCAAAGGAAGUGGAGCCAGAGCCACAACUUGCUCCACAACAGAAGCCUCAGUCUCAUCCACAGCUUAACAAAUCACAGUCUUUGACAAAUGCCUUCAGUUUCACAGAAUCAUCCUUCUUUCGAUCAUCUGUAAACGAAGAUGAAGCAAAAGCUGAAACCAUCCGAAACUUGAGGAAGUCCUUUGCUAGCCUUUUUUCUGAUUAGCCAUUUGAAGAUCAGUUUCAUGCGGUUGCAUAUGGCAUAUAAUCUAGAACCUACAGUGAAUAUUUAGUAUUUAUAUCCCUGUGACCUAUCCUACGUUACUGUUUCAAGCAAUAUGUUAAACUUGAAAAAGGUCUAUGAUGAGAUACAAUUCAGGUACAUUGUAUAAAUCUAUAUAAUAUUAGAGGAAAAGCUAUAUUAGUAGUAGUAAAAAAUGCUUAAUUUUAUGGUCUUUGUCACUUGUAACAUUGUGGCCUUACUAUGAUGCACUAUAUCAUCCUACUGGAUUCUCCUUCUUGGAAUUGUUGUGAGAAAGCAUUGUGUUAUGGGUUUUCCCUUGCUUUACCCAUCUCCAGUGCUUUGCAAUGCAUGUUAAUGUUAUGUGUGAAUGUUUUGUACUGCAAGGAUAUAGUCUUAACCAAACUUCUUCUUGCCUCAGAUUGUUAGGAGGCAAGUCACAUGGGUAUUUCCUGAUGUCAAGCCACUUUACUGCUGUGAGAAAUUAAAGAAGUUCUCUUCCUCCUUUGACAAUCUUUCCAUCAACCAACCUGUAGAGUUCUGGUAUAUUUGCUGUGUAAUUUAUGACAUCACAGUUUUAUUCUAGUAGUAAGAGUAUGUACUUUUGUAUCCUCAUAUGUCUAUUGAACAUGUAUUUCCAAUUGUUAGUUUAACAGUGAUCUCUAAGUUGUAAAGUAACAUGCAUGAUCUAAUAAUGUUACCAAUAUUUUUGUGUACACCUUCUAAUAAAUUAAAAGUUAUGUGAUUA